AUGAUUCUAUUGAUAUUAAUUGUUGUAAUUAGUAAAGGAUUGGAGACUGAACAAUACAAUGAACAAGGAAAUAAAGAUGAUAAUAAACGUGAAGAUAACAUGGUUGAUUCAACAAGAACUACACAACAUAAACAUGAGAAUAAAUAUCAUGAUGAUGAAAAUACACAAAAUCAAACAUAUAAUCGGUUGACUAAUACCAUUCAAAAUAUUCAUAAUAAUAUACAUUUGAUAGCUGAAACACUAACAGAACCAGCACCAGCAAAUUCACAAUCUGCAUCACAAGCAUCAGGAAUAUCAACACCAACUGGAAGUGCAGUAACAACACAAGAAGGUAAUAGUCCAGCACAGUCAGGAUUAGCACCAGCAGAAAAUCCAGCAUCAACAUCACCAAAAGGAAAUGAACCACCAGCAAAAGUAGAAGGAAAUUCACCACAAUCAGGAGUAUCAGCACCACAAUCCAAACAAGUAUCAGGAGAUACACCAGAAGGAGGUUCAUCAACAACUCAUUCUGAGAUUGUAACUCCGGGAGUAUCAACACCUAAAUCUGGAACAGCACCAACAGAAGGAGGUUCAGUAACAACCCAAGGAGAUACUACACAAACACCAUCAAAAUCAGAAAAAUCAGAAAAACCACAAGCUACAGAAACAAGUGCACAAACACCAACAACAACACACCCAGCAUCAGGAAAUGAAGCAACACACUCUACAGAAACAACAUCACAACCAUCAAGUACAUCACCUGCAUCACCACAACAACAAAACCAACCUUCAUCAGUCUCAACACCAUCAGGAAAUGGACAAAAAACAGAAAAAUCAAAUGAACAAAAACCACAAAAAGAAGACUCAAAAGGACAACCUCAACAACCACCAAGUCAACCAAAUUCAUCAGCAAAACCAAGUGAAGAAACGUCACCAACUCAAACAACAAACAACCCAACACAAAUAAGUCCAUCAACUUCAACUCAACAACCAAAAGGAAAUAAAGACACACAACAAAAAGAUGAACCACCAAAAGAACAACAACAAAAUCAUCCACAACAAAAUGAAAAACAAGAUAAUAAAAAUACAACUACUUCUGAUAUUUCACAUGAUAAAACUGUUGUUAGUUCUGAUGAUAUUUCUGAUAAUCACAAUAAUCUUGAUGGAACAUCAGGUGGUGUUUAUGUUUUUUUGCUUUUGUUAUUCAUUUGUUCUUCUUCUAAUUAUUGUGUUUCUUUUUUUUUCUUUUCCUUUCAUAUUCUUCUUUAUCUUUUAUUCAUAUGUCUAUAA